AUGGAGCAAGCAUUGUACGACCUAGGGGCUUCCAUCAAUAUUAUGCCGUAUUCUAUAGACGAGAAGCUGGAAGACGCUAAGCUUAUCAAAACUGAUAUGGAGAUACAGCUAGCAGACAGGUCUUGCAUCUACCCCGAGGCAGUUCUGGAAGAUGAAAUUGUCAAAGUGAACAAAUUCAUGUACCCCGCCGACUUCAUCCUCAUAAAGACGACAGAGUCGGGAGCGGAGGAGUCUGUUGGCAUCCUUUUGGGAAGGCUUAAGGAUGAAGCAGCUGACUGGUUCGAAGCAACGAUGACUGGGAAAAUAGAUGACAAAGCCAUUGGAAAAGCAAAUAUGGAUUUUUGCAAGCCAACACGACCAGCCAAGACAGAAGAAAUCACUCAACCAGGAAGAGUCGAAAAACCACCUGACCAAGCCAUCCCACUGAGAAGAAAGUUGAAAGCGAGUCCCUCGCCUACGCAGCAACUAUUGCCUUUACCUGGGUCGCCAGUUAUCCUCAAGGAUUUGUCCAAUCAGAUAUAUCACAAGCCAGAUCUGCAAGAACAUGGAGGACAAUUGAUGGAAAAACUGAACCGAGUGAAGAAGGAAUCAAGUGUAAAACAGCAGACCUGA